CGAAGUCUCCGCCCCCUCCGAGGAGUUUCCCAAAACCCAGCGCGGCAGGCGUCAGCCGUGCUAAGAUGGCGACUCCCAUGCAUCGGCUCAUUGCUCGGAGACAAGCUGAAGCAAACAAGCAACAUGUAAGAUGUCAGAAAUGCUUGGAAUUUGGACAUUGGACUUAUGAAUGCACAGGAAAAAGAAAAUACCUACAUAGGCCUUCAAGAACAGCAGAACUAAAGAAAGCUUUAAAAGAAAAAGAAAACAGAUUAUUAUUACAACAAAGCAUUGGAGAAACUAAUGCAGAAAGAAAGACCAAGAAAAAAAGGUCUAAGAGUGUAACCAGUUCCAGUAGCAAUAGCAGUGACAGUUCAGCCAGUGAUUCUUCAUCAGAGAGUGAAGAGACGUCUACCUCAUCCUCCUCAGAGGACAGUGACUCUGAUGAAAGCUCUUCCAGCUCAUCAUCUUCAGCCUCCUCCACAAGCUCUUCCUCAUCUUCUGAUUCAGACUCAGAUUCCAGCUCUUCCAGUAGCAGCAGCACCAGCACAGAUAGUAGCUCCGAGGAUGAACCACCAAAGAAGAAGAAAAAGAAAUAGAAUUGCUCCAUCCAUAUUGAACUGAUGGACUGAAAACAUUAAUGUGAUUCUCAGAAGGGAAUUUAGAAUGUGUUAAGGCCAAAUAGGUUAACUGGUCAAAAUUUUUAGAGUUCAAAAGUUUCUAAAUGUUUUACAUUGUAAGAGCAUAAAGAGUAUUAGUAAUGGAUUAUAUAUAUAAAGAGUUUUUUAUUUUAGGGGUGAAUCUUGUUUUUCUUUUUUAUCUUUAAAAUAUAUCUUUAAAAUUAAUCAAAACUGAAAUCUGGUAAACCUGUUUUUGUGAUGAAACCUAUCUUUUCUCUCUGUGAAAUAAAUGCCAUACUUUGUUAUAUGUUAGUGCUACAUAUCAGACAUGUUUUCAGGAUAAUGCAUCAGAAAACCUGGCAGUGAA